AUGCCAAACAUGUCUACGGAAGAGCUCGGGAGGGCUGAGACAAUAUCUGAUCCAUAUCCAGCUGGACCAAGUCGACAAUCAGCGUUACACACACAUCAAUCACGUCCCGGACAACAUGUGCAAGUCAAAGGGAAUAAAACCAGAUUCGCUCCAUCAACAUUUUCAUCUUUUUGGCAAAAUGUGAAAUCGCAUCUGACACCACCUUCACAUCCUUCCACGACGUCAGAAUCCGCAAUAGGUGGAUCAAGUUUUAGGAAUACAACUGAUAAUUAUUAUAGUGAAUCGCAAUAUGGUGGUGGAUCAAGCCAUCUACCCCUAGAGUUACUGAAUCCUAAUGCUGGUACGGAGGGAAAACAUAAACGAAGAGGUGGGAAUUCAACUGGAAGAGGUGGGUUGAGGUUGAGAGCAAGAAGUAGUCAAGCUGCAAGUACAUCAAGAUAUGGUGAUGAUGAUGAUAUGUCAUCAAAACCUAAUGAUCCUGUAUCACACGUUGUUGUGGAUGCAAAUUUCGAACAUUUCACACCGCCAGUACCUAAAUCUGAUUCAGGUUUUUCCAAUAAAACACCCGCUACAAACGGUAUCGACUCAUCGGGAGGUAAUGCAUAUUCUAAAGGUGAAGAAGAUGAUGAUAAUGGUAAUGGAACAUAUGAUAGAAGUGAUGCCGGAUCGACCAAUAGAAGAGGUAGCAGAGCUCAUAAUUGGGUCAGACAAAAUACAGUUAUAGCUUGGAUAACAGAAAGAUUCUGGCCAAACUUCAAGCAUUUCCUAGAUUCAGAGUUCCCUGAACCAAGCAAAGAACGUUCAUUCCAGAAAGAGGCCUGGUUCACACAAAAACAAGGAGCAAUGGCCUCUUCUCUAUUCUUCCUAAUCAACUGGAUACUUACCGUAGGAUUAUUACCCACGCCUUUCACGACUUAUAGUUAUAUCGCUUACGUUUCUAUUGCGGGAUUAUUCACCUUGCCCAUACCCGCUUUGGUGAUAUUUGACUUCCCCAGACGUCAUUCCUUAAUCUGGCAACCAUGGAUAUUUGGCGCAUGUUGGGUUUUCGCUUAUAUCCUUAUCGUCGAAAUGCGUACAUGUGGAUUUUUCGCCGAAGUGAAUACGUGUGGUACAAGAAAUUUCCUGAAUCUCUUGGGAUUCGCUUUUGGUCAACCCACUUUAGGUUUAUUGACGUUGCGACUUCAUCGUUUGACCGCAAUUGCUGGAGCUUCAAUUUGGUUGAUUUUGGUCGGAGUUUUGGUGUUGACAGAAAAGAGAAGUCCGAAAUUGUUCUUUAGGAAUGUAGUUUUCUUCGCUCUCUUUCACGCUUUCCUUAUAGGUUCGAGUUUCCUCAAGGAGAGAAGUGAGAGACAGAUGUUUGCAUUACGUCAACAACUGAAGAUUCAAUAUCGUGCCACUCAAUCUGCUCAGGUCAUGGAACGUCGAGCUGCCGACUCUAAGAAACGUUUCGUCUCUUAUAUCUUCCAUGAGGUCCGAGUACCGCUCAACACUGCUCUUUUGGCCGUACAGAAUUUGGAAGGGGAGAAUGUGUUCCAAGGUUUAGCCGAAGACCAAUCUGAGAUGGUACAUGGAUUAAUGGGAAGUUUGACUAUGAUGGAGAAAGUCUUGAAUGAUGUGCUAUCAUUUAAUCGGAUGGAAUCUGGCAAGUUCGCCCAAGCUAGAAAACCAUUCGAGUUCCACAAAUCCAUUCAACUUGUCGCCCUGUCGCACCGCAUGCAAGCUCAAAUGGCAGGUAUCGAUUUGAUAGUCGAUCUCGACAGAGACAUCGACAAGAUGGGAGGUGUAUUUGUGGGUGAUGAGAUGCGUCUGAGACAGGUGGCUAGUAAUCUCGUAUCAAAUAGUAUCAAGUUCACAGAUACAGGAUCGGUCAGAAUCGUCACCAAGCUGCUGUAUCCACGAAUGGAACCUACACCGGCGGUAGAGCUGGAUGAUCCAUUACGUCAAGCCGCAGUCAACCUUCAAAAACAACAAGAAAUCGAACAAACCGAACGGACUGAAAGAUUAGCCCUCCAUGGUGGUUUAGGACAUGGAGGGAUGGAUGUCGAGAAAGGAUCGGUGCAUUUGGAAAUACAAAGGCAAGGUAGAGAUAUCGAGAAAGAAAGAGAAGAGGAAAGGCGACGUGUGCAAAAAGUCGUCGUAAGGGUUGAGAUUCAUGAUACCGGUGUUGGACUGAGAAAACAAGAUGUCAUCGAUAACCGACUGUUUUCCCCAUACGUCCAAACAGAAAUUGGACGUCGUCAAGGAGGUAAAGGAUCUGGACUGGGUCUUGCGCUUGUCCGACAAAUUGUCAAGCUUUCAAACGGUAGACUAGGUGUCGAAUCUGAGUUUGGAAAAGGUUCAAUGUUCUGGUUUGAACUUCCAUAUUCUUUGCCUGCUCCACCCAAGCCCAAGAAAGAUACACUUUCUCCUAAACUCGGUGGUCCCGGAUCUAGAGGACCUGCCUCGCCUAUUCUCAGCAGAGUACCAAGUAUGAAGAAACCUAGUCCUUUAGUAAAAGAUUUCGUCAAUAGUCCGGUCGUGAAAGACGGGAACACCAACACCGAAAGACCACAUAUCGGUACAACGGAAUCUUCUAUGCCUUUAUUGCCCGAAGCUCAUAGCAAUGCUAGAAGAAGGACGGACCCACCUGCGGAAGAACUCAUCAUGCACACUUAUCCACCUGUUGAUGUGCCGACUACGCCUGAAGACGAUAUACCUAGUGAUACAACGUUCACAGAUCCGUUUGCUUCUGCCCCAUCAGGUUCUUCGGAAGAAAGAAGGUCAUCUGAAUGGUCUGAUGCGACACGACUCGAUACUCCAAGUAUAGCUGUAGCUCAGUCGGCAGCUCCUCAAAUCGCGAUCACUCAAAACACACCUGAGUCUUCACCUGAAUUGCCUUUAUGUAUCUUGGUGGUUGACGACGACAAACUCACAAGAAUGCUCAUGUCUAGAAUGUUGACUCGAUUAGGACAUCAAGUCUCAACUGCUGAAAAUGGUAAAAUCGCUUUUGACAUGAUCAGAGAUUCUUUCGAACAGAAAGCCAAUGCACCUAGAUAUGAUUGUGUUUUCCUUGACAAUCAAAUGCCUUUGAUGUCAGGAGUGGAAGUAGCAAGGGAAGUACGGGAUAUUGGAUGUCCAAUAUUCAUCGUUGGAUGUACAGGAAAUGCUUUGAGGGAAGAUCAAGAAGAAUAUAUAUCAGCAGGAGCAGAUAGCAUAAUACCUAAACCAAUUCAUCAAAAAUCAUUGGUGGAUAUGAUCAAAGAAGCUAGAAGGAGAGUAUCAGGUGAAACGAAACCUAAAGAAAGAGAGUAUAGUCCAGACGAUGGAUAUGGUUCUCCAGGUGGAUCAGGUGUCAUGCUUUAA